AUGUCCACUCUCGCGCGAUCCCACCACACCGUCACCGUCCUCGGCGUCAAAGCCUACAUCUUCGGCGGCGAAGAUGCCGACGGCAACCUAUGCUCGACCGAUGUGCACGCCAUAUCCCUCCCCGACUCAGCCACCUCCCCUCCCGAGAUCGCGCACGCAUCCUACUCCGCCUUCGCCAUGCAAGACACCUCCUCAGGCAUCACCCUAGCGCCAUCCCCGAGCAAAGGGCACGCUACAUGCGCCUGGGGCGGCAAGUACAUUUGUCUCAGCGAUAACUCCCUGGGCCCUACCGUCCAGGGCUGCCGGGAUGACUUUGACUUCACUAUCAAGUUCCAAAAAGUCUUUUUCGCCAUCAUCCCGGCAUCCGUCUUCAUUGCCCUGUCACUAGCUAGACUCGCUUACCUGGUCCCCCGACCUCGGAUUGUACGAGGUCUUAGCCUUCAUCUGGCCAAGAUUCUCGCUACUCUUUCCGUCCUUUUCACCCUUGCAUAUGAAGUGCCUGAGCGCGAGCUGUCCAUUGCUGCUGCCUCUCUCAACCUUGCCUCCGGGCUUGCCAUGAUAGCGCUAUCCCUGUUUUUCGACAUUUUUCAAGCGAGAACGGUUUGGCUGGUUGCUAGUGACGCCCUAGGGGCCGUACAAGCUCGCCUCUGCACAGCGUCGGCCGCUGUCAAGGCGCUUUCCUUGAUGAACCGCAUGUUCUGGGACGGGUACAAAGGGCCUCUCUCGCUUGAUACCCUCUACGCCCUGGACCAUGGGAUGACGGCUGAAGCGGCCCAGCGCUGGACACCCCAAGACUAUCGAGCUGGCAGAACUGCUUUGGGCUGGGAUCUCGCUCGCUUCCUCGCUAUACCGUUUCUCCUUCCCAUAGUCCCGAGGGUUACCCUAAUGGGUUUCAACUAUUCGCAAACGUUCUUCAUUCGCGCGCUGCUCAAUUACCUGAGCCAACCAGCCGAUGUCUCCAAUGCCCGAGUUGGGCAUGGUUUGACCGGUGCAGGUGUCUUGAUCUAUUCCGAGAUCGCAUUCUCGUCGUCGCUGUACGUCUAUUACCAAUGGAGAGCACUCUACAGGCUCCGCAGCCGCCUUGUGACCCCCAUUUACCGCAAUACAGUCGCGGCGAAGCUUGGUGUCAGGGACAGCACUCCCACAGCAGCCGUCACCCUGAUGAGCACUGACGUUGAGCGUAUCGUCCACGGUUUCAUCAGCCUGCACGAGUUCUGGGCCUGUACUGUUGAGCUUGGGCUUGGUUUGUGGUUGCUGCAACGCCAGCUUAGCAUGGCAUUUCUGGCCUCUAUCACAACUGCUCUGACUUGCGCAACCGUCAUAGCCUUAGCUGCUCGUAGUGGCCGAAAACGACAGGUCGCAUGGAUGUCGGGUAUUGAGCGCCGAGUCAGCUCGACAGCCACUGCCAUUGCAAAUAUGCGAUCAUUGAAGGUGACGGGCAUGAUGGAACAUAUAUGUAUGCACCUGAUCCAGCUACUGAGAGAGGCCGAGAUUGCAUAUGGAAAUCGAUGGCGCGCCUUGGUUCUUCUCACCACGACCAUGGCGCAAGCUCCCGCAGCCGUCACACCUUUGAUUGCUUUCGCACUCGCACCCAACAAUCUUGGCGUUGUGAGCGUAUUUACGGCUCUAUCAUAUCUCACCUUACUCUCGAGUCCCCUAGCAAAGAUUUUUCAAGAGCUCCCACCGCUCCAAUCUGCUCUCACCUGUCUAAAUAGGCAGGUGCACGACGACGACGACGAUGACAGCGGCGGCAAACUGGUUGAUUGUGGUCAAAAACAGAAGGCAGCAGUGUCGAUCAUCGAUGGCAGCUUUGGCUGGACUCAAGACAGAUUUGUGCUGAGGAACAUCAAUGUUGCUAUGCAUUACGGCCAGCUGACUAUGAUCACUGGUCAUGUAGCCUCUGGGAAGACAACCCAAUGCAAGGCCAUUAUUAGAGAAGCCCCUGUGGCUAGUGGUCAAAACAUCAUCGGGUUCUCAGACUUCGACCAAUGUCGAUAUGAUGAGGUCAUUGAAGCAACCUUGCUUCAUCUAGACGUCGAUCUCGACUUUGACGGGAACGAGAAGAUUGGGAGCAACGGUGAUGGGCUGAGUGGAGGUCAAAAGCAGGGACUAUCGCGCGCAAGAGCCCUAUACCUCGAGACGGACCUUCUCGCCGUUGAUGAUAUCCUCAGUUGCCUUGGCGCCAAUACUGAGAAAGAUGCCUUUGGGAGAGACUUCGGUCCCAAUGGGAUCGUCCGAAGGCGAGGAACUACCGCAAUCUUCUGCACGAGCUCGACCCUUCAUCUACCCUGGGCAGACCGUGUCAUUGCCUUGGGCCCUGAUGGCGCUGAGACCUUAAAGGGUAAGCUGCCUUGCGAUGAAAAGCUCCUUUUGCCGCCAGCAGGUGACCGGGAACGUCACGCGAAGACUUUUUGCGAUGAUGAACACGGAAGCAUUUCGACAUCAUCACCACCAUCCCGCCGAGGACACAAUACAGUCGGGCUUGGUGGCACUCUUGGCAAGGCUCGAGAUAUGAGCGAUCUCAGCGCGUUUCGUUACUACGUGAGCAAGACCGGUAAACGUUCUAUCUUCUGGCUGGUAUUGAUGACUGCCCUGUUCGGUGCUGCGAGCAACUCUUCCACCAUUUGGCUCAGGGAAUGGGCUGAGAAUCUUCUCAACCUCUCUAGAGCAUCCUACAUUAGCAUCUUUGGGCUGCUUCGUGGUAUCCAGCUCACCACCCUUGUGAUAUCAGCGGCAGUUGUGUUGAUCUUCAUGACACGAGUUUCCGGAACGGAAGCCCACAAAUCCGCCCUCAGCGCCGCCAUCGGGGUGCCAUUAGGUUUCUUCACAGCCGCUGACUCGGGAACCAUUCUCAGUAUCUUCUCGCAAGACAUGACUAUAAUCGACAGCGAGCUACCCAUCUCCAUGAUCAACACAUGCCUGUAUGGAUUUGAGGUUAUUGGUAUGGCGUUCGUCAUUGCUGUCGUCUCGCCGUAUCUCGCUGUCAGCUACCCUUUGUUCAUGUUGAUUGUCUACAUGGUUCAUAGGUUCUACCUUCGAACUUCCAAACAGCUGCGAUCACUUGACCUAGAGUCCAAGAGCCCAUUAUACACGCACUUACUCGACACCCUUAUUAACGAGUCUCAACGCCCGGCAUACUUUCUCGCACUGAUUCAGCAGUGGCUGACGGUGACGCUCCGUAUUGCGGUAACCGUGAUCGCUACCAUAGCCAUCACACUCGCCACUCAGCUCAGGACGAAUGCAGCGCUCACAGGCGCGAGUUUGCUGAAGACGUCUUUGGGUGCCUUAUGCCGUUUGAAAAGCUUCUGCGAGGGCAUGACGUCCGAGGCGUCGAUAGAAGAGGACAUUGAACUCCCUGAGACGUGGCCCGAAAACGGUGCCAUUGACAUUGUGAGAGUUUCUGCCUCAUACACUGCAGAUAACGGAAACGACGUUCCCGAGGGCCAGUCAUGCCUCUCACUCAAAGAUCUCACCAUCUAUAUUUCUCCCGGAGAGAAGGUUGCCAUCUGCGGAUGGACAGGAAGCGGCAAAUCGUCUAUUGUGCUUCUUCUCGGCCUACUCGACCCUCUUGCCUACUGCUCCCAGAAUAUUUCUAUCGACGGAAUUCCCAUCCAUCGCAUCCACGAAACUACGCUUCGCAGAAGGGUCAUUGCUGGUACCUCGCUCGCCCGCUUCCAUCGCCAAGGCAGAAUGUCGGGGAUCAAGUCGUGGCAGCUGGACAGAAUGUCGUGGAGAAGAGCUUGCAUCAGCCGGGCGAGAGACUUUAGUAGAGUAGAACCCGGCUUCCAGAAAAAGAAGUUGGCGAGAACGAGCUGCCGGUCCACUAUCACGGCGAUGCUAGUUGAUAUCGGACAUGGCAAGCGUGGGGCGUGUUACGUACCAGCCCAUUUGCGCAACCUUGCCUUGGUUCUCCGGCUAUCGCACAACAUCUUCAUCAAUGUUGACUUCCCGGAACCCAGCUUGCCGUAUAUGUGA